CCUCAGCCUGCACUGCAGGCUUCUUUAUGCCACGGGCGACAGAGGGCUCGAAUCUUCCAGCACAUCUCUAUCUCUCUCUCUCUCCUCUCCCUUUUGACAUUUGGAGCAGAGUCAAAGCGAACAACACGAAAAAGCCAAGCCUAAGCUAUGCACGACGACGACGACAUCGACAGACGUGGGCCCCUGGCCCCGGCACCGCUCCCUCUUGACAAGUGUACUUGGCGACACUGCAGCAGCAGUAGCAUCCCAUCCCAGCUAUUCCCUCGCCUAGGGGAUGCAAAUCCGUGCGCGAUCUCUCUCCUUUUUUCAAUCCCUGCCGCCGUGCCCACCACUUUGCAGCGGGUUGACCUCGCACCGCAUCGCAUCCCAUCGCAGAGAUCGGGCCUGCGCUGCGCUGCCGGUAGAGUAGAGCCCGCGCCGUGCCGCGUCUCCAAAUACUCGGCGUUCUCAUACGCGUAUAUAUGCGGGGCCCUGCUGGACUCGCACUGCCAAAAGUCAACCCCACCCCCUUCUCCCUGCCCGCCAGUCCCCCCCAGGAGCAAGGAGCGAGCAGCACGCACGCGUCCCGGCCGGCCCUCCGCCUCGCCAAAGGCCGCUCGAGAGACCGCCCGUCGUGGUUCAUGCGCGGCGUGCUAUGCUAGCCGCUGCUCAUGGCGGAGCACUUCAACGACUGGGACCUGCAGGCCGUCGUCAGGAGCUGCGGCAGCGUGGCGCACCCGGAGCCCGCCGCCGCGGCGCCGAGGGCGGAUCAGCCAGACGCAGCGCCGGAGCCGGUGCCCGCGCCGCGGCGAGACGAGGCGCCCGCCGCCCGUGCCACGCCGACGACGGUGCCUGUCCGGCGACAGGGACGGGCGUCGCCGCCCGCGGCUAAGGCCGCGGCGCUCCUGUACGACCUGGAGUACCUGGACUUGGACCACAGGCCGUUCCUGCUGCCGGCCGCGCCGUCGCCGUCGCCGUCGCCGGGGCCGCGGGCGGGGGCCGGCGGGCGCGAGCGCGAGGUGAUGAUCUCUUUCCCCGCGGCGGCGGCGGCGUCCACGUCCGGGACGCAGCAGAGGGCGUCGCCGCCAGGCCGGAAGCCCGGCGCGCGCACUUCGCGGCCUAAAAGAAGCAAGAAGAGCCAGCUGAAGAAGGUGGUGCGGGAGAUGCCGGCGGCCGACGGCGGCUCGUCGUCGUCGGACCCGUGGGCGUGGCGCAAGUAUGGCCAAAAGCCCAUCAAGGGCUCGCCUUAUCCGCGGGGGUACUACAAGUGCAGCAGCAUGAAGGGGUGCAUGGCGCGGAAGCUGGUGGAGCGCAGCCCAGCGAAGCCCGGGGUGCUCAUCGUCACCUACAUGGCGGAGCACUGCCACCCCGUGCCCACGCAGCUCAACGCGCUCGCGGGCACCACUCGCCACAAGCCGUCGUCCGGCGCGGCCGCCGAGCACAGCGCGGCCUCCUCUCCCAAGAGCCACGAGCAUGGUGGACAGGCGGCCGGCCGUGGCACCGGCGACCGCGAGCAUGGCAGCAGCGAGACGUCAACGGUGGCCGGGGAGAUUGGCGGCGAGGAGAUAGCGGCCGUCGACGACGACAGCGAGUUCUGGCCUGAGGGGCUGGACCUGGACGAGCUCUUGGCGCCCGUCGACGACGACUUCGAUUUCGAGCAGGUCAUCGAGGCGGAAGAUGGCGUACUGGGACGCCGGCUCUCCCUCUAGGUGGGCGCUGUAACGCCAGAAAUCAGAACCUUCAAUGGCAAUGGAGGACGAAAAGACCUCGCCUCGAAGAGAUUCUAUGUAUAGGCGUCUUUUUUGUGCGUGUUUCUGACAAACAGGACCCCGAAAACUAACGGGCUGAUGAAUUUCCGUUGUAUAUCGUGCUUGCGUAAUCUCCGAGAAGUCGGUGCGCAUUGAGUUU